CUUUGUGCCAAGGGAAAUUUUGCCAACCAACUGCUCCAUGAUUUAUUUGUGAAUGAUUCCAGCGAUUUGAGGCCAGUGCUGAACAGAUCAGGCGCUCAAUGUGACCCUGCAAAUCACACUCUUCCAGAUUAUAGAUAUGGAUGAAAGGAACCAGAUGUUGACAACAUACCUGUGGAUCAGACAGGUGUGGGAUGAUGCAUUCCGACACUGGGAUAAAGAUGAAUACGGUGCCCUUGACGAGUUACAUGUACCCAGUAGCUAUGUGUGGAAGCCUGAUAUAGUUCUAUAUAUAACAGCACUGAAGAUCAAUUCACCAGCCCCAUGGAAACCAACGCUGUUGUCAGGCACGAUGGGCAAGUGGAUUCCCCAGCAAUUGCCAGGACCUCCUGCAAGGCCGACAUCUCCUCCUUCCCAUUCGAUGGCCAAUGGUGCCCUUUGACCUUUGGCUCUUGGACCUACAGUGGAAACGAAGCCAACCUGGUGCACGGUUUAGAUGUGGCGGAGCUCAGCGACUUUGUGGAGAAUGUGGAGUGGGAGGUUCUGGGCACGGUCACUGAGAGGAACAUCGUCCUGUCCGGGUGCUGCUCGGAACCCUACCCUGACAUCACCUUCACCCUCAUCCUGCACAGACGGCCAGCCUUUCACAUCUACAACUGGCUCCUCCCCUGCACGAUGAUUUCCUCCCUGGUUCCUCUGAACUUCUCUCAUCCGAUCGACUCAAAUGAAAAUGUUUCACUUGGUGUCACUAUCCUCCUGGCUUUCACUGUCUUCCAGCAGAUGGUGGCAGAGAUCGUGCCCCCAUCAGAGACUCUGCCCCUCAUCGGGAAGUACUACAUUGCUACCAUGAUGAUGAUGACAGCUUCCACGGCCCUGAGUAUGCUGAUCGUGAACAUCCAUCGCUGUGGUCCUGAGACCAAGCCUGUUCCCAGCUGGGUCAAAGUGGUCAUCCUGCAUCACAUGGCCAGAAUCCUCCUUGUCUGUGAGAUGGGCAGGAACUGUCCGGGCAGCACAGAGGCAGUGAAAUCAGACGGUCACCCCAAACUCGCCAGCAGCCGAAGAGGAGACCAGCGGCCAGAGGGAGCUGGAGGAACUCCUCAGCUACACGUCCACCAACUGCGGCCAAGCCUGGAAGGAGGUCAAGGUUGAUCGCGGCCAAUGGGCUUGUAGAGGACACUGCCCCCAUCACUGGGAGAGGCUGGUCAGAAACAUCGAGUUCACCAGGAACUCCCUCAGUUGCCAGAGGGAAACUCGGAGCUGGACUGCAGAGUGGAGGAAAGUGGCCAAAGUGCUGGACCGUCUCUACAUGUGGCUCUUUGUCCUGAUGGUCAUCAGCCUGAGUGUCCUCGUCAUGGUUAAAGCUCUGUAAAUCCAGCCAGUCUGGCUCAUUUUCACCUUCAUCCAUUGUCCAACUGCCUGAUUUGCUGUUUAAUAAUCACCACCUCCACCAGCCAGAUAAUCUGACAUGGUUAUAAAUCACAGAAUCGCAGAAUUAUCACAGCAACAGAAGAAGGCCAUUCGGUCCAUCGUGCCUGCACCAGCUCUCUGAUGCCCAAGCCACUCCCCAACCUUCCCUUUCAAACCCGGUACAUUUUUCUCUUUUCUGUCUAAUUCCCUUUAGAAUGCUUCAGUUAAACCUGCCUCCACCACACUAUCAGGCAGUGCAUUCCAGAAUGCAAUUCCAAUACAUUCUUAACCGCUUGCUGGGGGAAAAGUGUUUUCUCAGGUCAUAUUUGCUCCUUUUGCCCAUCACUUCAAACCUGUGCCCUCUCGUUCUCAAUCCUUUUAUGAGUGGGAACAGUUUCUCCCUAUCUACUCUGUCCAGCCCCCUCAUGAUU